AUGACCAUACAGUCCUCAGCUCCACGUGACUGGGCAGCAGCUCGCCCCGUUCUUGUUGCUUCAUUUCUUUAUUUAAUGGUCUUCCGAGUAUACGAACACAUGACAUGCUCCAGGAGUAUAAUUUUACAGAGGAAAAUGGCUGAAGAUGGAAAUCUCCAGCAAGAAACAGAUGGUCAAAAUUUACCAACGUCCAGCAUUGACGGAAAUCGAAGCCAGGAUGAAGCACAAGAACAAGAACCAGCUGAAAGAUUAACUGAAUCAGACGACAUUGAAUUGAGGCUUAAGAAGUGGGAUGCCCGUCAAAAAGAGUUGGCAUUUAAUCUUCCGGUUAUAUGGACGCAUCAAGGUUUUUACGAGGCAGUGCGAAAGGGAGACCUGGAUGCGGUGAAAAAGCGGGCUUCAAUGGUGCUGGUGCCGAUGUUUCCAUUCCCAAUGCCGAUGCUUCGCACAAGAUUCACAGAAUUCGAAGCGAAUGCUUUCCAGGUCGCAACGGUUGCUGGACAAAAAGAGAUGUUUCGCGAGUUAAUUAAAAUAGUCAAUGAUUUUGACCCCCAUACCUGUGUCAGUAUGUUGAAAGAAAAGAACAACAACGGAGAAACAAUACUCACUCUUGCCGUAGCCCAAGGCAACAUCGAGAUUGUGAAAGAAUUGGUGGAGACAUGCGUCGAACUAGUGGACAUUCCCAAUAAAAAAGGAGAGUUACCCGUCACUGUGGCUGCUUUAAUUGGAAAGAAGAAAAUUGUUACCAUUCUGUUUAAGCUUACUCUGGGAAUGCUUGAUUUGAAUCCAAGCGGCGGGGAUGUUGAAGAAGAUGUGGUCGUGACUAAUUCAACUCAGCCGAGUCAAGGUGUUAGUGAAGAUAGGGAUCAAGCUAAGCCUGCUUAUCAAAGCCGGCAUCAUGGUUUUAGGCUCUUCAAAGCAUGCAUCCGCUCCAAAAUCUAUGAUAAAGCUCUUGAAGUUUUCAAGAUGUUUCCAAUAGUCUGCAUCAAAGAAAUGGCCAAGGAGGACGGUAAAACAAUGAAUUCACUAGUUAUGGCGACUAUAGAACUACAGGAGCAACGUAACUUCAUAACUCGUUUUCUUGAAAGUUGUCUUGCAAGAUGGGGGAAAAGCUGCAAGCUAUGUUCAGGGUUUGAACGAUAUUGGAAGUUUUUGCUUGUAAGGACAGCUAAAUCAUGGUAUGAGACUAACUACGAACAACCUAAGAGCGCUCUGUCGCUGUUGGUUUGGAUAUGCGACCAUAUGUCGAGAUCAGAAAUUUCUGACGAAAUCGUGCAAAGGGUGUUGACCAAACCAUUCUUAACUGCCAUGGGACAAGCUGAUGCGACUUUCACUGACACAAUUGGGUUCUUCGAUUCAAAACUUCCUUCUGACAUGAUUUCAUUGAUAAAUCCUGUAACUGGCGUUUUAGGAGCCAUUCAUGGUGAAAGAAAUGGAAACACAAUCCUUCAUCUUGCCGCAAUGUUAUCAUCAGCCAAGAAGCUUAGCCGCUUUCCUAGUCCAUCUCUACAAAUGCAAAGCGAGAUGCAGCGGUUUAAGAAUGCGGAGAAGAUUGUACCCAUGUGCAAAGCAGUAGAAAACAACGAUAACCUAACUCCAAUGGAUUUAUUCGUAGAACGACACAGAGAACUCAAGAAUGACGGAGAGAAAUGGUUGAAGGAGACAGCAUCAUCUUGCUCACUACUGGCAAUGCUUAUUGUCACCGUAAUGUUUAGUGCAGCAUUCACUGUUCCAGGCGGCUAUGAAAACGAUACAGGCAGGCCCGUAUACAUGGGAUCAAAAUACUUAACUGUCUUCAUAAUUUCAGAUGCAUUAUCAUUGUUAUUUUCUAGCACUUCGGCUAUGGUAUUCCUGGGAAUUUAUACGUCACUCUUUCGAGAAGAAGAUUUCCUGAAAAGGUUGCCAAUUACCUUGAUAUGCGGCCUUUUCACUCUCUUCCUAUCUAUCACAACGAUGGUAAUAGCUUUCAGCGCUGCCCUCAUCCUCACUCUGCGCGAGGACUUUGUGUGGAUUACCUUGCCCGUGCUCAUGUCAGCAAGCAUUCCAGUCAUCAUUUAUUCUGUAUUGAACAUCCCGAUCUUCGUUCAUGUUCUCUAUUCGACCCUAUUCCGUCAUUAA